AUAAAGCAGUUAUUGUCGCUUAGUCACGUUUGCCUUUCAAGCGUCGAUAUAAGACAUGACCUAAAAGUAUUAAUUACCAGGUCAUAAAAUCCCUUAAAAAAACUGCAUAAUUAUCUAUGUACCAGUGCAUCCUAAAUACACUUCAUAGUUUUGCAGUGCAUUUUCAAAACAAAAAUCAAUACACCUAAUUAGGUCAGCAAAUUUGCAGUUGCAGUAGUUGUACCCAUCCAACAUUAUUGAUUUUUCAACAAAUCUGCUGUCGAAAGCUUCGGUGAAUUGAAGAUUACAAGCGAAAAUGGUUAAUUACAAAAUAGACCCAGCUACAAGAGAAUUCGUGAUGAAGCUAAUGGAAGAAAAAGAUAGAAUCGAACAUUUGAUUCGUGGUCAUUACGCCGUAUUAGCGUCCAACAAUGUUGGCUUGAAGGGUUCUUUAGUUGAUGAGCUAGGAUACCCUCGUGAUGACAUAGACGUUUAUGAAGUGAGACACGCGCGUCACAAGAUAAUUUGCCUACAAAAUGAUCACAAGAAAGUAAUGCAACUGAUCGAGAGAGGUAUUGCUAAGGUUUACGAAGAUUUAAUUGACAGUCCAGGUAUCGACAGUGAAGAGAUAAACUCAUGCUUAAAUGGCUAUCCAGUCUUUAAGAAGGAUGAGACUGUCAAUGAUCCAACUUUUGCUACUAUCAGUUUUGUGGAUAAAGGUUCACCGGCUGAAGAGGCUGGUCUUCGUGCUCACGAUGAACUGGUCCAAUUUGGUUCAGUAAACUACAAGAACUUCAAAGAUGUCUCGCAGAUUAUGAGAAUUGUGUCACACUCUAUCAAUUAUGGCAUCACAGUUAUUGUUAGGAGGGAAAAUGCUGACCUAACCUUCGAGCUUGUGCCAAAACCCUGGGCUAAGCCUGGUUUACUGGGAUGUCAGAUACAAACAAAGAACACUUCUUAAUUCGUCAUAUUUUAAAAUACUUUUCUCUAAAUUUCUUGUAUAUUAAUGUAGUAGGUUUUGGAUUUCCAUUUACAUGUAACUUCUUUCAACUACACAUUACAGUCAAGGAUUAUAUUACUUAAAUAUAUUAAAUAAAAUACUCAUUUUCGAUAAUAGUUAAAUGUUCAAGCACAAGUUCAUGUGCUAACUUGAUGUCUUUUACAGAAUACAUAGUGUAGUACACUAGAUGUCCAGAUAAUGAACGAAUGAAAAUACAUCUAUACAUAUAUAUUAAAGAAGUGUAUUUAAAGAAAAUUAGCGGAGAGUAUUAAGCGGUAGGCAGCGGCUUGGCUCUGCCCCUGGCAUUGCUGAAGUCCAUGGGCGACGGUAACCACUCACCAUCAGGUGGGCCGUAUGUUCGUCAGCCUACACGGGCAAUAAAAAAAAUUCAAUUGACACAGCUUGACUGUUUGUAGUUUACGUAGGUAGUAGUCUAAAAAUAUUUAAAAGUAUAUUGUGUGACAAUGUCAGUGUCAGAAUGUGAGAGACAAAAUUCAGAAAAAAGGUGAUUUCUGUUUUAUAAGUAUUUAUAUUAAAUUCUAUAAUAUAAAAGUUUGUGAUAAACAUUUUUCUAAGUAGCGAUCACAAUGAAGAAAAAGUUUUCUUGAGAUAUGAUUAAUCUCGGUGAUGAACUUCGAAAAUUGAUCAUUCAUAAAGUCUAAGUAUUGUUCCUGUAUUCAGAAUGUGGGUAGUACUAAUAUAUUCAUUGAAUAACUAUUGGAGAAAUGAAACUUUUUAAACGUAAUUAAUAUUUAUUGUUCAGUAGAAAAUCUUUAUAAAUUAUCGAGAAUAAAAUAUUACAUAAUCAUA